UGGACCUAGCGCGGGAAUCGAAAUACUACGGAUAUAUUCAGUUUGCUCCCUGUUUAUGUGAUUAUCCUCAAAUGGGUACGAAAGUGCAAGUAGCGAUAGGCAGAAACGAAUUGAGUCUAAGAAUACUCCAAGCUGAGGAAGAAGAACAAGAAGCUGUUUUCAGGGUAACUCGUAUGCGAUGCUGGCGGAUAACAACAUUGAACACAGGAGCAGAUAGAUGUAACGAAGAUCAUGAAUGCAGCCUGGAAUUAUCUUUCGAAUAUUUGUUGGCCAAAAAUCAGCUGCAGUGGAUUACAAUUUCUUCAGAACAGGCAAUUUUAAUGUCUGUCUGCUUGCAAUCCAUGAUUGACGAAUUAUUGUUGAAGAACGUUGGUGGUACAAAAAAUCAGGAGCUGACAGGCAAGCCUUGGACGUAUGUUACAAGGAAUGGCCAUAGUCGAAUUAUAAUGGAUUCUCCAGCCACUGAAGAUCUUAAUAAGCCUGAUAAGGAGGUCGAACUCAGUUCUCGUACAAAGGGACCCAUAUUGAAAAAUCUGAGCGAAAAAAUCACAAUAGUAAAGUGUAAGAAGCCAGUCAUCAUUGCGAAAAAGCCCUACAUCAAGGCGGAAAGGACUGCUUGUGACACUAUGGAAAACAAUGCAUUCCAUGUGAUUGGCGAUGAUGAUCUAUAAAUAAAAAGGUCCUAUCUUUUUAAGAUAGAAACUGAUACUUCUAUUUUCUCGACCUAGCUUUAAAAAUCGAGCAAAUACGCCUUUGAAAAUCUAAUAUCUCUUAAACUCUUGACUUUUGAGUCCUAAAUGCUAAUUUUUCAACCUGGAGAAUUAUCCUAACGCGGUCAAUAUAAACAUGUUUAUCUCUUGUUUCGUGGGCAGUAUAAUGUAUGGGUGAAUUUUGAGAGUUAUGUUUCGGUAUGCAACUCAUUUUACAUUUUAUUCUCAUGUUCAUAGAUAAAGCGUACGAAUGUUAGGCUUCAAAAAGUAGAAAAAAGAGACUAUUGCUCAAAUGGAAUUCGCAGUAUUAUAUGUAUAUCAUUGGUGAGAAAAUGAAAUACUUGAUAUUGAU